GUGUUGGUCGUCCACUGAUGCAAUAGGCGGCAACGCGCAGAGGAAACCGUCAAUGACGAGUAUAUGAUCAGGAAGUAUGUACAUCUUUAUUUAUCCUGUCGGACGAGAACCAUGUGUUAAUAUUUAUGUAUGAAAUCUGCGCAUAUCGCAGAAUGGGAGAUGACAAUGUCAUAGCCCGGCUCGGCAGCAUGAAGGCUCUGUUGGGGAUUGUAGCAGGAGCUGGAGCCUCCUAUGGGAUUUACAAACUAGUCUUUGGUCGUGUAGGAGAUGGAGGAGUAAACAGAAGAAAGUCUGCGAAAAGUGUGAAUAUUCAGCCUGGGAGCUUAAUGGCCAAAGUAUCCGGAUUUAAAGUUGUCAGUAAGAGUGAUAAUCUGGAUCCGUCUGCGGAGACUGAAUCUAGUGAUAUUCACUCAAAAUCUGCUGCCAGCCUGGAGCCUCGACAUCUGAGCAUGCUUCUCUCCCUUCUGCAGAGCAGCCCAAACCCAGAAGAGAGGAGAAAUGUUCUCGUAACCUUAGGAAAUGCUGCUGCCUUUACUGUAAACCAGGAUCUUCUGCGAGAAUUUGGAGGUCUUCACAUCAUAGCAGGCUUCCUCUCAGACCCUUCAUCUGAGAUCCGGGUUCAGACUCUAAACGCUCUGAACAACUUAAGCAUGAAUAUCCGCAAUCAAGAGCAGCUGAAGAUAUAUAUCCCCUCAGUGAUGCAGCUGAUUGAGAUGUCGCCUGUGAACUCUGACCUUCAGCUGGCAGCGCUCCGAUUACUCACUAAUCUGUCCGUCACCGAUAACCACCAGCAUCUGAUGAAGAAUUCUAUUACACUCCUCCUAUCGCUCCUCGUAGUGAGCAAUGAAGUCCUACAGAUCCAAGUCCUGAAGGUCCUAGUAAAUCUUUCCUCCAAUCCAGAUUUGAUGGACGAUAUUGUGCAAGCCCAGGCUCCAGCCUCCUUGAUUUUGUUGUUUGACAGCUGCACAAGCACAUCUGUUCUUCUCCGCCUGUUGUUUUUUGUGGGGAACCUGCGUGCGUGGAGACCCUCCGCACAGGUAGCUGAAGCUCUGAGGACGAGGCAGGACUCUCUGUACUGUGUUCUACUGGACAGCUCCUCUCAGCUGCACCGUAAGCUGCCCCUGCUGCUCUCCCAUCCAGAUGAGGAGGUGAAGAUGCAGGUGGCCAGACUCCUCACAUAACCUUACAGAAUACUUCUUGCCAAAUAUACCUGUUCUUCUAUGUGUAGAAGGUGACACAAGCUUGUUCACCUACUGAAGCGUUCGGGCUCAGCAUUAACAACCUAGCAUUAAUUCCUUAGUGGAGUGUUGAUAUCCAGCAGGUGAUCCACUUGGUUGGCCGUCAGUAUCCUUUCAAAAUGUUGGAAAAUGGACAAGAAAUGACUCCCUCAGGUGUUUUGAGAGAUCUUUGUUCAUAAAAUAGACAUUUGUGAACACCACAAAUCUCCUUUGAGAACAUCUCAACUGCCAAUCUUUUACUUGCCAAGUAAAUGCAUCUUACGAGCUUGCAGGUAUUUUCUCUGACCACACUAAGUGCUUUGGAUACCCAGACUAGUGGUGGAAAGGACUCUUGUAACGUCUCUGCAUGUGUUUAGAAAUGUUAAUGCCUUGAAAAAUAAGUGUUUCUUCAGUGCUGCAUAAAGCAAGUGAAGUUUACCACUGAACAAAGGUUAUUCAGGUUAUGCUGAGGUAGUAAUGAUCCAGGAACCCUAUUUUUCCAGAAAAUAUGCAUUGAUUGUACUGUGAUUUUGUUUUCUGAUGUUUGAUGAUGAGAUUAACAUAUUUAAUAAAAAUGAUUUCAUGUUUUAAGACAAUUAUAAAAACA